UCUAUGGGUGCCCUCGGAAGGCCCGCCUCUUCCUGUGUGAUUCGAAAAAAACAUUCCUGCCUCAGCGCUGGCGACGGAGAUUCUGUGAGGAAUCAUAGAAUAGGACCCAAGAAGUAACAGUUCUGUAGUCGUCUUAACAUUUGGAAUUGGAAUGUCCACAGAGAACACGUGAGUGGAAUGUGGCUGAAAUUUUCUGUAUCUUACAUGUUCAGCAGAAGGACUACAUGAUUCCACCUGCUUGAGGAUCCCUCAGGUAGCGUUAAAAAGUCAAGGAAAAUGCAUGCUCUUCUAACCCUGCCGAAACAAACAAAAGGCUCUGGGAUGUUUGGUAUUCACUGACCAACUGCAUGCCUCAACGGAGCCCAAGAAGCACACAAAAGGCACAAACGCUGAGUAUUGACUGGUUUUCCUGGUAGCAGUUGAAUCAAGAACUGUAAGAUGGAGCGGCAAAAAUUGCUGACCCCUGUAAAUAGCUACGGGACUCAGGAUGGGGAAGUCAGGAUGGGCUUAGGCGCCGCUUCCCUUCAACCAAAAGAAGAGGAACUCCGCAGGCGCCUUAAGUACUACUUUAUGAGCCCCUGUGACAAGUUCCGUGCCAAAGGCCGCAAGCCUUUUAAAUUGGUGCUCCAGCUGGUAAAGAUACUAAUAGUUACAAUCCAGCUCAUCCUCUUUGGACUUAGCAACCAGAUGGUGGUGACUUUCAAAGAGGAGAACACCAUGACAUUCAAGCAUCUCUUCCUGAAGGACUAUGCAGAGGGGUCAGAAGAUACUUACGCUGUCUAUACACAGGCAGACGUCUAUGACUACGUCUUCUAUGCAGUGGAUAAGUACUUGGCCAUGGCAAAUGAGACAAUCGGACGCUAUGCCUAUGUUCGCCCAUCUGGUGCUGCUAACCAGUCAGCUCUCAUGCUCUGUCAGCAAUACUACCGCAAAGGGAGGAUUGACCCAGCCAAUGACACCUUCAACAUCGAUCCCAAGGUCGUCACUGAGUGCCUGGGCGUGGAUCCCCCAGAAAAGAUAACGUCACUGGAACCUGAGAAAAAGUUUCCACUCUCCCAGGAGCCGAACUUCAGCUACAGGAAUUUCACACUCAAGUUUUACAAGCUUAUUAACGUCACUAUCCAGUUCAAGUUGAAAGCUAUCAACAUCCAGACGAUCAUCAACAAUGAAAUUCCCGACUGCUACACCUUUUCUAUAACGAUCGUAUUUGACAAUAAAGCACACAGUGGCCGAGUGAAGAUCCACUUGGACAACAAAGUGGACAUCCAGGAGUGCAAAGAUCCCAGCGUCUAUGGCAAAGGAGACAACCAUUUACGAAUAUGCUUCGAUGUGGUUGUGCUCCUGACCUGUGCGCUCUCCUUUGCCUUGUGCACUCGUUCAAUCAUCAGAGGACUUCUGCUGCAGCACGAGUUCAGCCAGUUCUUCCAGCAGCACUAUAACCAGGGCGUCUGCCUGUCUGACCGCAUGGAGUUUGUGAACGGCUGGUACAUACUGCUUGUUGUGAGCGACAUCCUUACUGUGUCUGGGACCAUCAUGAAGAUUGGAAUCGAGUCCAAGAACUUCGCCAGCUAUGAUGUGUGCAGUAUUCUCCUGGGCACCUCCACUCUCCUGGUCUGGGUUGGUGUGAUGCGAUACCUCAGCUUCUUCCAGAAGUACAAUAUCCUUAUCGUCACCAUGCGAGCUGCCUUCCCUAACGUCAUCCGCUUCUGCUGCUGCGUGGCAGUCAUCUACUUGGGCUACUGCUUCUGUGGCUGGAUUGUGUUGGGGCCCUACCAUGUCAAGUUCCGCUCCCUUUCGAUGGUGUCAGAAUGCCUUUUCUCCCUCAUCAACGGGGACGACAUGUUUGUGACUUUUGCCGCAAUGCAGCAGAAUAGCCACCUGGUGUGGCUCUUCAGCCAAGUCUACCUGUAUACCUUCAUCAGUCUCUUCAUUUACAUGGUGCUUAGCCUCUUCAUUGCCCUUAUCACUGGCUCCUACGAGACCAUCAAGCAUCAGUGUGAAGGAGAGAUGGCAGCCACGCAGCUCCAUGCCUAUAUAGCGGAGUGCAAGGACAGCCCAAAGUCCGGCAAGUUUCGACGGGAGAGCAGUUCCUCGUGCUCCGUCUUCUGUUGCUGCGAGCCAACCCAACUGCAGGAGAACAGCCUGGUUGUCAACUGAGAGUUGUAACACGGACGAAGAAGGGCUUGCACGGCUGCUUGAUGCUGGACACAAACAGGCCUGGAUCUGGACUUCGGAGAGCAGAAGGGCCUCCUACAGACUGCUUUCUAGCAAUAAGGAUGGCAAGAGAUGACAGCUCCUGUCAUGGCUUCCUACAAGCUAUUUGCCAGUUCCACAGAGAGCCGGCGAGACUACAGACCUUAGUAUCAUAACGAGGAAGAUCUGCCCUGGAGCGGAGGGACACUAGCGAUAUUCCGAACAGUAACUGUAGACUUCCGUUAGGACUGUGUUAGUCUGUGUGUGCAGCGUUUCCCAUGCAGUGGAGAGCUAAGGAGCUUUCAGGUAGCUAGGGUGGUGGAAGCCAUUUUUAAAAGCUGAUUCGGAAAGGAAAAAAUUAUGGAGAGGAAUUGCAAAAAGUAGCUCAAGGGUAGGGGGAACCUCCCCUUUUUACUACUGAAAGUCUCUUCCCUGCUACCUGUGGAUGAGCAUGUCAGGCGCUACACUUUGCCUCAGGAUUACUAGAAAAGUGAUGGUGUGUUUCCCUGUGGGAGAGUGCGAAUGGAUGGAGUUGGGAACAAGACCCUGUCAAUCUCAUUGGCUUCAUAUCUAGCUGGCAGGUUUGAGAUGCCUUGUGAAGGUGGGCAGGGUGUUUUUUAAAUGCCACUGUGAAGAGCUUGGCGCAGUGAAUUUACUCUGGAGGUGAGCCGCAGUCGCACUGUGCUGUGGUGCAGAUCUGGAACAAAUACGGCAGAGAUGACAGCGUAAGGAUGAGCGAGCUUCUGACGAAGGGAGUUUCGACUCUUGAAAGCUGCCAGUCUUGUUGGUCUCUAUGGUGCCAUCGGACUCGAAUCUUGCUCUUCUAUUGCAGACCAACACGGCAGCCCACCUGUAACUAGCAAUCUAAGGGUGGUACUUCUAUUUUCCAGGUGCUCCACUGGCCUGGGUUGCUUACUGAAUCUGGCUUACUUUCAGUUGUGUGUUAGAAAAUCAUAACUUAUGGAAUAUUUCUGGAUUCAGAGGAGGUGUGGGCCAGGAACAAUCCUCUCCCCUCGCUCCAGGGACACCCCUUUCUAAUAAAGGAUCCCAGAGUUCUCUGGCGUCCUGCAUCCUUGAGUAGGGAAAUGAACCCAGUUCCACCAACUGGCCACCUGGCAAAUUAAGGCUGAGAGAUCUCCUCUGGAUAUUCUCCCCAGUCCCUGUUUAUACGGAGGGAUCCUGAAACCAAAAUUGAUGAAGUAACAGAAUUAUUUAAAAAAUCCUAUGAAUUUAAAUAUAUAAUCAGCUAGUUUGGCAUUUAAAAACUAAAAAAAUAAGAAAAAUAUACACAUUACAAUAUAACCAUAAUUAACACAAACUGUUUCACAUACAACACUAAAAUGCCAAAUGAACUUUUAAAAAGUGCUAAAAUCAAACAGCAGCAGGUUGCACAAAUGGAUAAAAUCAAAAUUUGAAAGCAUACAAUUUGCAGUCUGAAAAAAAAUGCAAAGUGAUUUAAUAGCCGUUUAAAGGAUUCCAAGAUUAUGAAGCUGCUAUAGCAUAGUGGUUACGUGGUUGGGCUGUAAAUCAGCACUCUGCUGGUUCAAAUCCCACGACGCAUGAGCUCAGCAGGUGGCCUUUGGUCCGCCACUCCUCUCAGCCCCAGCUCCCCAGCUGUAUUGUGGGGAUAAUGAUAGCACUGACUUUGUCCACCGUUCUGAGUGGGGCACUAAUCUCUAAAAGAGCAGUAUAUAAGCUUAUUGUCACUGUCUCAAACUCCAACAACAGAAAGGAGUGAAAAUGCCCCCAUUGUGGACCUUGUUCAACCACCAGGAGAUAAGUCCAAAGAAAGGUGUACCUCCAAAAUGCUAUUAAUUGAUUCAAAGUCUCUUUUGGUAGUAAAUAAAAGCAAAAUAAAACCCUAGGCUCCUAUAACAGUAAAACUACUUAAGCAGUGAAUGCAGAUGUACGACAUGUUUUAAGAAAUUGAAUAGUCUAUAAGUAAUAAAUAGAAUAUUUCUUUAAAAGUUUACCCUUCAUGCCUGAGUUCACAGCCAACUGAAAAAAGCUGCCAACUGGAGCUUAAUACAAGUUGCGCAAAUGCAGCUCAGACCUCCCCCACCCUCCCAUUAAUAGUGCAACGGGCUUCUCCUUAAAGAGAGAUCCCCUAAAUCUGUGUUCUUGCAUGCCAGUAUAAACCAGUAAAACCGCUCCAACCAUCAAUUGUUGCCAAAAAGAAUCCCACAGCAAACAAAGGGAGACUUGGCAUGCUGAAUAGCAAGAUAUUGGGGUCAAGUUCAUGCUUUCCUCUAAACUGUGUUACUAUCCCAAGGGGAUUGCCAGUUUGGUGCAGUGGUUAAGAGCGCAGGACUUGGGACUGAUUCCCCACUCCUCCACUUGAAGCCAGGUGGGUGAGUCAGUCGCAGCUUCUAGCGCUCUCAGCCUCACCCACCUCACAGGGUGUUUUGUUGUGGGGAUAAUAAUGGCAUACUUUGUAAACCGCUCUGAGUGGGUAUAAGUCAUCCUGAAGGGCGGUAUAUAAAUCAAAUAUUAUUUUGGAGGUGGGCAAUUCAGGCAGGACCUGAAUUUACUAUCUUCCGAGUAAAAAAAAAAAAAUCUGAUUGUUGCAAUGCCGCUUUUGUUGGUCAAAUGUUAAAGCUGGAAGGGUUUCCCAGUGAACAGGCUCCUUCACGCUUGCACUGCACAAACAGACUCUCCACACACCCCGAAAAGGUGGGAAAGUAGAUUCUUUCCCAAUUGAUUCACGUUGAAAUAUGGUGAAUAGCUUGCAAAGGUGGUUGGUCUGGAAAAAUUCUGCCCCCCACAGAAAGUACACUGAAGACUCCUUUCCCCAACAUGGUGUCUCUAAGAUAGUUCAAGUGUGUCUUGCCAUCUCUAGUUGUGAGCUGUAAUUUUUAAAUAUCAGGCUUGCCAAAAUAAUUGCAAAUGAUGCUUUGGGUUUUUUAAAGCACAUUUACUGGAAUUCCCAUAACUUGUGUAAGGAACUUAAUUUUUGAAUGCGUUUUGGAGGGCAGGUUCUCUUUUCCUCUACUUUACAACUUGCUGGCAUUUGCCUGUAUAGUGUCCAGAAAAGCCCGGUUACUUCUUUGUGGCUUCUGUGCCUCAUUCAAAUAGGCUUUGUACCUAGGCAGAUUAUGGAGACGUCUAGAGUGACAAAGUAGGAAUGAAAGCUUUUUGUGUCUUCAGGCAGGAAGAACCCUGACCUGGAUAGCCCUGGUGAGCCUGAUCUUGUCAGAUCUCAGAAGCUAAGCAGUAUCAGCCUUGGUUAGUAAUUGGCUGGGAGACCUCCAAAGAAGACCAAGGUUGCAGAGGCUGGCAAUAGCCAUUGUUCAUCUCUUGCCAUGAAAACCCCACCAGGGUUCGCCAUAAGUCAACUAUAACUGGAGAGCAGGAUUUUAUUUCAGGCAGAAAGGUAAACCACUUGCAGUCCAAUGCAUCAACCACUGGAAAUAAAAAAAAACUGUCACACUUUGCUUAACAGCUGCCACAGAAGCCUCUACUUUUCUAUAUUAAAAUGCAUUCUACCAGAGCAAUGGCUAGCUCAGUUCUCGAGAGAGAGAGAUCCUUACCUGACGAGCAUCAGACAGCAUCCGCUUUCAUUAGACACUAUACUCUUGACACAACGGCAUGGUGUGAGAUGCUUCCUUUGGCUGAGCAAGCCUACUCUCUCUCCCGAGUGCAUCUGUACCUGCCACCAGGUAGAUCAGCUUGCUAGUUGUCACCCAUUAGUGUGAUGCACAGAGACAACAAAGAAGAUUGUUUACUUGUAACUGUCACAUUCACACUUCCUUGGCCACCUCCCUCUCCAUUCUUGCCAUGCCAUGCUCUUUACUCGGAACAGAGAGGGAAAGGCACACUUUCUUUCCCUGCAGUGUGUGUGGACCAGGCCUGUGUCUAUGGGGAAAGAUAUUUGCACUUAAUUUGUAGUUCUUGAAGUUUUUGAAAUGGAGUUCUGUGCAGGCACAAAGCCCAUUAGUACCAAUGCAGAUGGCCACUUGCAAAAAUAAUAGUUUCAGGUAAACAAUGUGGUUUUUUCUGAUGGCUUCCUCCAUAUAGCUGGGGGGGGGGGAAUCCUGCUUGCCGGAGUUCAAGGGUGUGCGUAUGGGAUGGUAGAAUUCAGUAUCUCAUUAUGUUUUAUUGUAAAGGCUCAAUGAACAUGGUAAAAUUCACCCUGACAUCUAAGAGAGCCAGUUUGGUGUAGUGGUUAAGAGAGCGGGACUCUAAUCUGGAGAACUGAGUUUGAUUGCCCACUCCUCCACUUGAAGCCAGCUGGGUGACCUUGGGUCAGUCACAGCUUCUCAGAGCUCUCUCAGCCCCAUCUGUCUCACAGGGUGAUUGUGGUGAGGAUAACAACAUACUUUGUAAACUGUUCUGAGUGAGCAUGGUUGUCCUGAAGGGCGGUAUAUAAAUCGAAUGUUGUUGUUGUUUUUAUUAAGCUAAACACUAGCACAGGGCUUUUUUGUUCCGUUUGAGUGAGGAGCAUAUUGGAGGAUCAUGCCUUCUGGCAUGUCCAGGAGAGGAGAGUGUUACAUAAGUGGAAGAGAACUGUUAAGGAUGGAGAGCACUUGGAACAUCCUCAAGAACUUUUUUGCCUGAUUUAGUAAUGCAAGGGCUGAACGCAAGCUACAGCAGUUUCAAAUGUAUCUUAAAGGAGAAGCAAGAAAAAAUCAGUGUAAGCAACAUCCUUUUGUCAGCUUAUGUGAGAAUCACAUGGGAUAAAGAAAUAAAUAAAAAUUAUUCACUGAGUCAAACUGAAUAAAGCUUAAAAUAACCUUGCAAGUGACCUUUGGUUCUGGAAGACUGGCAUUUGUUGGGAGCAAAACAUCACUGUAUUAAGGCAGCAGUCCUAUAUGCACUUGUCUGAAUAAGUCCCAUUGAAUUAAGUACACUUUAGAUCUGAUUAGUCAUGCGCAGGGCUGAAUCUUAAAUCUCUGGUCCACAUGUGUAAUGCAUCAGUGCGGCAGCAGUGGGAAAAGGUGAACUUGUCAUAGUCUGUAUCUUGUUAGGAGAAUAAAGAUUUUUCUUAUUUAA